AUGAGUUAUUCGUUCGUUGAGUCGUUCUUUAUCGGCUGGGCUGUUGGGGUCUGCACGAUUUCCCUCGUCGUCGCAAUCAUCGUUCUAGCUUUGCGGGGGACUGUACGUGGAGCUUCUUUCUUCUCCUGGCUAAGCAAAAGUCGCAACCCCGAUGUUGCUGAAACCUCUGCCGAACAGAAAACUGCAGCUACGAAUGCUCCGGCUCCUCAGCAAGUCCCAGAGAGCCAGGUUAUCCGCAGUCCGAUGAAUCCAAAUCCUAUUACCGAGCCACACAGGGAGUUGGCUCACCGUAUCAUACCUGUCUGGGGCCCCAAAGAAAUCGACCAGAAUGUUGGAUUCGAGUGCUUGGUCGAAAACUUUUGCAGUAAUCUUAUUUAUGGCCACGGAAAUGUCUAUACCGUGUCAGUGCCAACCAUCGAGAGAUCCUUAUUCAAUGACGAUGAACUAGUCCGCCUUGCCGGUAAUCCUCCCGAAGGUGACACGUGGUCAGAGUUGAUAUGCGAUCGAGAUACUCGAUACUACGCCAUAUGGAACUUUCUCGUCCGACUGCUCUACAGACGAAUGGAUCCAGACUGCGAUGUUGAAGAAUGUCUGUUGCCGCCUGAAGUCUCAACAUGCCUUCAGUUCAUCCCUGAGCGACAAUUCGCUCACAGGGAGGACUGUAUCUCGGUCUGGAGAGAGAUUCUGUUUAUGAUGCUCAUGGGUCGGUACAGAAUGAUAUACCAACCCGCGACCGGUCUCGAUAAAAAUGACCCGCGGCAAGAGAGGAUUCGCCCUAUGGUUUCUGAAGUCGCCGACGCCCUGAAUGUGGAGCUCCUAGAUGCUCGUGGCCGUUCGGCUGCUGACUUGGAAAGGAUUUUGACAGGCAUAUUCGGUAUCGCAGCAAACUGUGCUCUUAUCUUCUUCGGGCAACCCUCUGUGUGGGAAGCCAACUGGGAUUUAGACCAAGGUCGCCUCGUUGCUCCUAGGAUCAGGUUCAUGUGGAAUGGCCAGGUCAAAUGGACCAGGCCUGCUACCGUGUACAACGGCCCCCCGGGGGCUCGCAUCCUGGAGCGUUAG